AUUGCUUAUGUCAGUACUUACACCUUUCUAAGGCUAGGUUCAUAUCUGUGCGGGUGGUGCCAAUGCGAAUCCGCACAAAAAUCCGUGCAGCCGCACCACCCGCACAGAGGAAUGCGGACCCGCAGGUGGGUGCUAUUAGUUCUAAUGGCACGCAGCCCACACUGGAAAACACAACUGUACUGGGAACGGAGGUUCCCGUGUGGGCUGCGUUUUCAGAAGUGCAGGGACUUCUUCCCUGCAUGUCACGGGCACGGGAGUCCAUUCAGAUGAAUGGGCUCUCGCAGGGGCGGACUGACAAC